AUGCAGUUGUACAAGCUCUUUGCCGUCCUGGCAGCCCUGCAGCCGGCUCUUGCCAAGAGCCUUCUUGACUUCUCUGCGGCUCGUGGCGAUAACCCCUCUGUCCUGGGCGUCCGCAACCUCGAAUCGGUGCGCAAUACCAGGCCGAAAGACAACACCAAUGAUCUCUACAUCAAGUUGGAUAAGGACCCCAAGGGCACUCCUGCGCUGCACUUCCACCGCAAGAAGGACUAUAUCCGUGCCGAGUACCACGCCUUGAAGGACCAGAUUGAGGCCGAUAAGACCUACUACAUUGGCUACAAGUUCUCCCUGGGAGCCAUUCAGCAGAGCCUGAUGAUCUGGCAAUUCAAGGAAUACUCUGCCAACAACCCCAACGACGGCGGUGCUAACAUCCCUCUCUCUUUGGAAUUCAAGAGCGGCAAACUGAACCUCCAGUACCAAGCAUCCAGCGAUGCGAAGCGUGUGUCCCAGUGGUCCAAGGAAUUGAAGACCGACACCGUCUACUCCAUCGGACUCGUGAUCAACACCUCCCGUCCCGGAUGGGUUGAGCUCUACUUCGAUGGCGAGCAGCAGACCUUCGGCUCCGGCAGCAACAGACUGAAGGCCAACACGUUCCCCGGCCAGGCGGACCCCAAGUUCGGCGCUUACCGUGGCGAGGAAGUUCAAAUCGAUACCUAUGUCUACAACAUCCAGAUCGGAACUGCCCUUGAUGAUAUCAAGGAGGCUGCUGGAUUGGGCUCGUCUCCUAAGCCCACCGCUACUUCUAACCCCACCCCUGUGCCUACCUGCUCUUGGGAGGGUCACUGCGAGGGCGCCUCGUGCUCCGACGAGAAUGACUGCUCCGACGAGCUCAUCUGCAAGAGCGGAAAGUGCACCACUGACAACGUUGUGCCUUGCUCUUGGGAAGGUCACUGUGCCGGUGCAAAGUGCAGCUCUCAUGAUGACUGCUCCGAUGACCUUGCCUGCAACAAUGGUGUCUGUGCCUGA